CAGGACAUCAUCAGUUAACCUUCUCAGCUGCACCUUCGUAAAUACGGUAAUGCCUUUUCACUAUCCAUUUCUUUACUCAUACUCUCUCUCUCUCUCUCUCUUUCUCUCUCUCUCUCUCUCUCUAAAAGAAACCAAUUUCUCACCUUACUCUUUUUUAUUUCUGCAAGAAUUUCUGAUUUGCUCUGCAAGACUGCAACCUCUCUCUCUCUCUCUCUGCACAUCUUGUUCUUGUGCAGUUAAUUUGUAUUGUUAUACUUCCAGCGGGUCAAAUAUUUGAAUAUGUACAAUUUUGGGGAUGAAUUUACAAUAGAAAGCUACAGAAUCCCAUGGCUGGUAUGGAUCCAGGUGAUGGUGAUGGUCCUCCUCAUCAUCCUUCUCUACUACUUCAAUUUACUAGUCGUAGAUUUCUCCGAUGGUGACAUCACCAUCACCACCACCACCACCACCACCAAACCUUCAUCUUCCGCCAGCCGCAUAGUUUCUGAUGGCACGGCCACCUCCAACACACUUUUCACCAACCGCCUGCACAAUACCCAGGUAGGAGAAAGUAUAAAAGGGGAGAUAGUAACAAGCACAAGUAGAAUAAAUAGAAGAGAGGAGAUAAGAGAAAUGGAGGCAUCUGCAGCAGCAGCAGCAACCCACAUAUAUUUCCACCCUUGCUACUAUUUCAGGAUGGCAAGACUUGCAUUUCUCAAGUGCCUAGGCUUUGAUUCUACUUCUGAGUAUUCUUCAACCCCAAGAGGAGGAAACAGAAAAGAAAGUUGACAUGAAUUUGGAAUUUCUCCUCCUCUCCCACUCAUGUAUCUUCAUCUUGGCUGCUCAACUUGAAGAAAACUUUACCGACAAGCGACAAACAAAAUUCAACUAUGGAGUUGUGUUAUGGUGUUGGGAAACUCCGAGAUGCAUAUCCGAGCGUAUAGGAGCUCACCGAGAUCAAAGGUUAGUAUUGUUUGAUGACACCAAUUUGUUCACUAAAUUGUAGCAGGACCACUUUUCCACACAGGAAAUGACGUUUAGACAUAGUCUGGAAAUUGGAUUAAGUUUGUUUUUGAUGGAUACAUGUGUAACUAAAAGGAUUUAAAUGAUGGGAAAAGUUGUGUUA